CAUCUAUAACGAAAGAUUAUCAAAAUUCAACCAUAGCAGUUAGGUGGGCAUGCCUUUGUUGAAACAUACCAACGGGGUUUCCAUUCUCUUUCUUGUUCUUGCUCUAUACCUGUAUUUUUACAAAUAUCCAGCUCCUUCUCUCUCCACCAAAAUGGCUUCUGAAGACUCUCCAAAGUCGAUCUAUGACUUCACUGUCAAGGAUAUUCGCAGAAAUGAUGUGAAUCUAAGUGAUUAUAGAGGGAAGGUUCUCUUGAUUGUCAACGUUGCUUCAAAAUGUGGUUUAACUCAGUCAAACUACAAGGAGUUGAAUAUUUUGUAUGAAAACUACAAAAACAAAGGGUUUGAAAUCUUAGCUUUUCCUUGCAAUCAGUUUGCCUGGCAAGAGCCAGGAAACAAUGAGGAGAUCCAGGAAGUUGUAUGCACAAUGUUUAAAGCUGAGUUCCCAAUCUUUGAUAAGAUUGAUGUGAAUGGGAAGAACGCAGCACCCCUGUUCAAGUUUCUGAAAUCAGAGCAAGGCGGAUACUUUGUAGAUGCUAUCAAGUGGAACUUCACAAAGUUUCUGGUAGACAAAGAAGGGAAGGUUGUGGCGAGAUAUGCCCCAAGAACAUCUCCUCUCAACAUUGAGAAAGACAUACAAAAUCUGCUGGAAUCUUCUUGAGCGAGCUACAAGGAUAUCGGAAAGCGCCGUCUUGACCAAAUUCUCCAUGAACUAAGCUUUGAACCAUCAUGUGUUUGUAAAUGUAACCCUUUGCGGAUUCAUACUUGUUGGUUUGUAAUUUUAUCUUCUAUGCCUAAAAACUUAAGUAAUAAUAAUUCAUGGUAGAAAUAACUGUUUGGAUUUGUACUAUCAAAAACUUAUUAUUAGUCCACGAAGAUUCAAUAAAAUUAUACGUACCUAUUUUGAGUAUACAAA